AUUUUAACAAUGGUCACAGGUUGGUUUUAUUAACUGUAGUAAAUAUUCUACUUGCCACAUUUUAAAUAUACAAUCAGCAUUGUUUAUUAUAUUUUGACUGUAAGUAAUGUAUCAAGUUGACAGGGGGACUAAAUAUGGCAGCGCACACAGCACGAAGCAGCGCAUGGCUAUGCUUGCAAACAUGGACUCUAUGUUAUUAGUGUAAUGUAGCUCUGUGUCUCUACGUUGAACAACUUUUAAUGUCAAAUGCUACAUGGUAUAGUAAGUGCCUUUGUUACUUUAGGACAGUUAUUUGUAUAUGUCCGCAGUUAGAGUAAUACGAUAGGGUUCGUCACUUAGCUAACCUUAGCCAAUGUAAGCUGGCCAGUGUUUUUGUAACCUUGAAGGAGCCAGUCUGUUGAUUUUUUUUGCCGUUUUAGUCAUAGUAAUUCGUUAUACACCAUAUGUACUAGCUACUAAGAUAAGUUAACUGUCUAUGUGGCUAAUAAUGUAUACAAUCGGAUAAUGUUAAUGCUAACAUAGUAAUAGUUACCAUUACUUUUUACCAUCUUCUCAAUUUGCUAGUUAAAAACCUGACGUAGUAAGAUCUUUGCUCCACGCAGGGGCAGUGCUGAAAUUAAGGACGCUCUAGUGUCUUAUUUCCAGAGUACAAUGUCUGUCUGGAUGAGCGAGGAGGUCAUGAGACGCUGCCUGCGCUUUUGCAGCCGCAGGUCUCCAUGGCAACAGCGCAGUUUCCUGACGACAACAUCAACCAAAUACAAGUCUGUCACUAGUCAGCAGUUAGCACACACUUGGGGCUUAAGGCACACCCAGUCACGCCUGGAUAGUAGUCUUGUUAGUCCAGUGAGGUUUUACUCACAAGAUAAGAUUCACAUUAAGGACUUGGAAGAGAAGGAGCCACUUUAUUCUCCACUGGCAGAGUCUUCGCUGCCUGCUGAGAUCCAAUCUGAUCAGACAGCCUCAAUGCAGAUACAGAGGAGGUCGCCCUUCUUGGACGAACUGGAGAGCUGUGGCUCCCCAUCAGACGUGUUAGAACUCACCUGUAAAUAUGCAAUAACAGUCCAGCAGGUCAGAAAAUGCCUGAACCACAUGUGGUACACGUCUAAGAAGAUGCCACGUGAGAAGCGGAGCUAUGAGCUGCAGCUGAUGAUUGAGCAUCCUGCUUUUGACAGUCUACUGCAAAAGGCCAUGAAGUGGACGGGUAAGAUGCGCAAUGAGGACAUGGUUUACUGUCUCCUGAAUAUGGUCAGUCUUGGUGUUCCCCAGCGCAGCCUUGUGAUCCAGACUUUCCUCCGAGCUUGCCAGGAAAAGCUGAAUGACUGCGAUGACAAGGUCCUGUCCAUCUUGGCCCACAGUCUGGAUCGUAUGGAGGACAGCAGCAACGUCGUUGCACUUAAGGAGGGCAUGAGGUUGAUAGUUGAGGCCCGUCUUCCAGGGAUCAAGAACUUAAUGACUCUUCAGACCACGAUGCGUCUGUUGGGGAAAGAUGCUCCAAUGGACCUCAAACAGAAAUGCGAGGCAAAGGCCUUAUCAAUGAAAUACCAGUUCAGGUUUCACAACACGCAACACAUGAUCGCCACUAUGGCCGCUAUGGGCUUCUACUCCAAACCGCUGCUGGACGUCUGCAGUAAGAGCCUUCAAGAGACUAUGAAAAAUCAUCUCGUAAAAAGAAACAACUCGGAUGGAAUCUCCAACAGAUUGCAAACGACCCUGCAGUCCUGCAAGGAGCUGCACUACGUAGAUUUAGAUCUGCUCUCUGCCAUUUUGGACUACGUCUCCUCUACGAUAGACAUAUGGACCAAACGACAGAUGAUCAUCUUCCUGUCUGAGUUUGAGAAGCUCGCCUUCUGUCCCGCUGUCUUAAUUGAGGCAUUUGCUGAAAAGGUGAUUGCCAAACCAGAAGCUCUGACACUUAAGGACGUCCUCUUUGUCCUCAAGACGUACUCCUCUCUUCACUAUGAUCUGCGGCUCCAAAGACAACAGUUCCUGGAUAGUCUGAGCCGGGCUCUGGAGCCCUUUCUGCCCAACAUGUCCGAGUUUCAGUUGUUAAAGUCUGUUCACCAUCUGUGUCUACUGGGCCACUUCCCCUCUGCACCGCUGGAGCAUCUCCUGCAGAGCAGUACAUUGGAGAAGUUUAACGCAACAGAACCCAGGUUCCUCUAUAACCAGGAGCGAAUGUUUCGGAUGGUGAACUUGUGCCUCCGUCUCGAGUGUCCUCCGCUCCCUCAGCCCCUGACGGUCCCCACAUCUGUCCUGGGAGACCCCGUCUCCAGCAGUCCACCAGCUAACCCGUUGCUCUCACAGUGCCUGCAGAGUGUGUUGGAGGACCGAGCAGACACAGUGCUGCAGGAAAUGGUGGUGGUGGAGGACUAUUACAUCAUAGAUGGUGUGAUAACCAAACCACGGCCAAACCAAACCUCUGAGACUGAAGCGAGCAGCUGUGCAGAGAGCAGUCAAAGAAUUGCAGUAAUUUUGGCACCACGCUCCGAUUUUUCGUACCGCGGCGAUGGCACAUCCAACCCCUGCGGUACUCUGGCUGCCAAGCUUCGCCAUCUGAAGAUCCUGGGAUACAACCCUGUCACGGUAACGGAGCAGGAGCUGCAGUCUGUGUCGACGGAAGAGAGGAGGCACUUCCUCCGGGGACGGAUCUUUCCAGAACACCACAGAUCAGACACACAACCUAAAGUGGAGCAACUGGAAUCUUAAGGACAGAUGUCGGAGUUAAAUGGAUGCCAUAACCUGCUUCAGUCGUCUCGUCAUGAACACACUGAGUAAACACUUGUAAAGGAAUAAAUGUAUUUAAGUUCC